GUUAUCGAGACCAUUGAGUUCGUUCUCGGGACGGUGUCGCACACGGCAUCAUACCUGCGCCUCUGGGCACUGUCUUUGGCGCAUCAGCAGCUCUCCCUCGUUUUCUUUAACCUGAUUCUCCUCUCUGGUAUGGCGAUGCCGCUGCCACUGAACAUCUUUGCUAUGUACUUUUGCUUCGCUUUGUGGUUUGUUGUGACACUGGCAAUCCUGGGUGGCAUGGACGUGAUGGAAUGCUUCCUGCACACCCUCCGGUUGCAUUGGGUGGAGUUCCAAAGCAAGUUCUACAAAGCAGAUGGACAUGCUUUUCAGCCAUUCCAACACCGGAGCGUUCUCGCGCAAUGCCUGAAGGAUUGA